CCCAGAUCAUAAUUGAAAUAACUUAGUGUUUACUGGAAUAAUGGCUGCAACUGAAAGUCGCCCGUUUUGUGAAAGUUCUAUAUAGUUAAAAUAUGCUUUUAAAUAGUCGAAAACACACGUUAACAUAUUAUUGUUAUGCAAUCAAGUGCCAAGUGACAGUUCACAAAAUUAGAUGAGCAAUCUAAACUAGUGUUCAAAAUGAUUGUUGCCUUAGUUUUUGUACUUCUAACCGUAGCGGUAGUCGCUUACUUGCUUCAAGAAUUGCAGCGGCCUUCCAACUACCCUCCAGGUCCUCGUUGGCUUCCAAUCGUGGGCAAUACACCGUUUAUACGCAAACUAGCACGUGCCGUAGGAGGACAGCAUUUAGCGUUUGAAGCUCUUGCCAAACAGUAUAACAGUCCUGUAAUCGGGCUUAAGCUUGGCCGGGAAUAUGUCGUAGUCGCUCUGGGCUAUCCAGCCGUACGAGAGGUGCACAGUAAGGAGGUCUUCGAUGGUAGACCGAACAAUUUCUUUAUUCGAUUGCGAACCAUGGGUACAAGAUUGGGUGUAACAUGUACCGAUGGUCCAUUUUGGGCAGAACACAGAAAUUUUGUAACACGUCAUUUGCGGCAGGCCGGUUACGGAAGAAAGCCCAUGCAGCUCCAAAUACAAAAUGAGUUAAAUGAACUUAUUGGAAUUGUGAGAAACCUAAAUGAGGAACCGGUGUGGCCAGGAAGUAUCCUUCCAACGAGCGUCAUAAAUGUGUUGUGGACUUUCACUACUGGAACCAGAAUUGCAAGAGAGGACGAAAGACUGGCCAGGUUAUUAUUACUGUUGCAAAAUCGUUCGAAAGCAUUCGAUAUGUCCGGAGGCAUUCUAAGUCAAUUACCGUGGCUUCGGUUUAUCGCUCCAGAAUGGACAGGGUACAAUUUGCUGAAACGCUUCAACAAAGAACUGAAUGAUUUUUUCAUGACUACAAUCAAAAAACAUCAUGACCAAUACAGCGAAAGUAAAUGUAAUGACGAUCUGAUAUAUGCGUACAUUAAAGAAAUGAAGGAAAGGCAACACGACGAAGGUUCGACAUUUACGGACCUACAAUUGACGAUGAUAAUUCUAGAUAUUUUCAUCGCUGGAUCUCAAACAACAAGUAUUACAAUUGACUUAGCGUUUAUGAUUUUAGUGCUCAAACCCGAGAUACAACGGAAAAUUCGUGAUGAAAUUGACGCAAACCUUCAAUCAGAUGAAUUACCUCAACAAAUCGAUCGUACAAAUUUGCCCUACACGGAAGCCUUCCUGCUGGAAGUACAGCGAUUUUUCCACAUUGUACCAGUCAGCGGUCCCAGGAGAGCUCUUAACGAUUGCACGCUUGCGGGUUAUCGAAUACCAAAAAAUACCACCAUUCUGAUGGGCCUUCGCACAGUUCACAUGGAUCAGGAUCAUUGGGGGGACCCCGAAGUGUUCAAGCCGGAAAGAUUUCUGGACACUAAUCACGCGAUCGCCAAUACAGAACGAUUAAUUCCAUUUGGCCUUGGCAGGCGUCGUUGUCUUGGCGAGUUACUGGCUCGAGGGUGUAUGUUUACUUUCUUGGUUGGAAUAUUGCAGAAAUUUACUUUGCACAAGUCGGGGAAUGAAUCUGACGAACCGUGCUUGAAGCUGUUGCCUGGAAUAACGUUGUCACCUAAGCCGUAUAAGAUUAUAUUUAGAUCAAGGUGAAAAUAAGAAGUAGUAUUCAUCAAAUCUCCCAACUGUGCAACCGCUCCACAGUGAAAGCAAACUAAAAAUGAUUUCAGCGAGAUUACAAAAAGAUACUCUUCGUUUCAGCAAAACCAUGAUUAAAAUGCAUACAACUUAAGCUUCAGAGAUGGUUUACUGUACUCAAGCCUAAUAAUUGAAUAAUUACCUUAUAGAUAAGAUAUUGUACGCGACAGCCUCAAAUCGUUCCUAUGUAUCACUUUAAUCGAAAAAUGCUAAAUAAUAGUAUAAUACCUAACCUUAACUGACUUUGAAUAAUAAUAAUUAUCAUUCCCUACAAAGUGGUAACUUCGAAUCAUUGCGUGGUUUGUUGACUGUAUCCUGAAUUAAAAUCUAUCCAUUGUAACAAUGGUUUACGGUAACGGCCACGGUAAACCGGAGAA